GCUUCCUCUCUUCUCUUCCCUUUGCCUCUUCUCAUAACUUUGACGCUUCUACGACGACGCCGUGUAUUGGUCACCGGAGGGCACCGCCGUCGCUCGCCGCCAAGUCCGCCGGUAUAAAAAAAGUACUCCACUUCUUCCGGUUUAGAACGCUCAUUUUGCUUCCAGUUUGAUGCUGUCUCAUAUUGCAUUCACUCAAUGAAGUUCUGAGAAUAAUCAAGUGAGGUUUUUCUCUCUUGAUGACUUCCCCUGAACGACUUAGGAGUUAUCUGAAACAGGAGGACCAAGACUUAAAAUUUGAUGACGACUGGGAAGGGGAUGAUAAGAGAAAAUACAGGUCAAGUAAGUCAAGGUCUGGGAACAGCGAAGAAGCUGAAGGUUUAGAUAGUAAUGGAAGAAGGAGAAGUAUUGUGGACAGAAAUGAGAGUCGGAAAAGAUCAGGUGGAUCAAGCAAAGCUGAUGUUGAUGAGGAUGACUAUGAGGCCGAAAAGGACUCCCGUUCUAAGAUGAAGAAGAAGCAGGGGGAGAAUACAUUGGAGACGUUGAGCAAUUGGUAUCAGGAUGGAGAACUUGGGGGCAAGUAUGAAAAUGGAGACAAAACAGGGGUUAGAGGAGAAAUCCUAUCUAAUGAAAGUGUCAGAAGGAAAUCAACUUCAAGGUUUUCUGAUGGUGAUGGUUCCCAGACAAGAAAUAAAGGUAAAAAUGAAAAGCUACAUGGUGGGGACUCUGAAAAUGCGCUGGAAAGGGAUUCUCGACGUUUGGAAAGAAAGGAAAGCGCCAGAGAAAAGGGUCAUGUGCUGUUGGACAGCCUUAAAGAUCCAAUUGGAGACAAAAAUGAUAAAUACCCAGACAGUGACGAGAGAAAGAUUGACUGCGAUAGGAGUAAGAGAGGCAGAUUGUAUGCUACGGAGGAAGACAAUGGAGGAAAUGUUCCUAUACGGGAAGAUAAAUUGGGUGUGGAGAGAUUUGAGGAGCUUAGACAGCUAAAAAGUGCCACAAGUCACGACGUGGCUGACAGCCUUGAAAGGUCUGUGGUAGCAGGUGAUGAUGUCAGCUUAGGGGUGAGAGAGAGAAAUAGGAGAGAGAUAGACUACUCUGAUAGGUCCAGGACACCUGAGAGGAGUGGAAGGCAUCAUUACGACUCAGAAAACGUUGAGAUGGAAUAUGAAAAAAGAGAUACUUUCAGAAGGAAAGAACAAGAAAAAAAUGGUGUAAGAGAUGAUAAAUCAAAAGGAAGGGAUGAUGGCUGGAGUGAUAGAAACAGAGUUCGGGAUGGUUCUAAAGAUGGGUGGAAAAGAAGGCAAGGGAACUUUGUUGACAAGGAAAUAAAAGAAGAAACACCUUAUGAACAUGGCAGAGAGUGGGAAAUGCCCAGACGUGGUUGGAUUGACAAUGAAAGGCCUCGUUCUGGUGGUAGAAAAGAUGGAAAUAGGACAGAAGCUUUGAAAACUUCAUCAAAAUAUGGAAUUUCAAAUGAGAAUUAUGAUGUCAUAGAGAUCCAAACCAGGCCAUUUGACUAUGGUAGGGAGGAGGCCAUAUCUUCCGUAGCAAGAACAACAAAGUUUAACCAGAAUUCUGAUGCAAGAUUGCCUCCAGAUGAUGAGAACUGUGCCUUUCCCAGGGAUGGCAGGGGAAGAAACAUGACUUGGCUAGCCCAAUCUGGCCAAGAUUUAAAGGAUACAUCAGGUGAUGGUUCAUAUAGGGAUGAGACUGAAUCAAGGGCCCAGAAAGGAGAUGCAUGGGGCCAAACUUCCAAUAGUGGUUCAGAACCUCCAUAUGGGAACCAAGAACCAACUUCGUUCAAUAGAGCUGUUCCAAUAGGUUCUAAAGGAAGUAGGGUUGGGAGAGGAGGAAGAGGGAGGCCUACAGGAAGGGAUGGCCACCAGUUCGGACCUCCAAUGCCAAUGAUGGGAUCACCUUUUGGACCACUUGGAAUGCCAUCGCCUGGAUCUGUGCAAUCUUUAGCUCCUAACAUGUCACCUGCUCCAGGCCCUCCUAUGUCCCCUGGUGUUUUCAUUCCUCCAUUUUCACCUCCUGUGCUUUGGCCUGGAGCCCGAGCUGUUGAGAUGAAUAUGCUAGGUGUUCCACCUGGACUCCCACCUGUUCUGCCUGGAACUGGAUUUCCCCCUAAUUUGGGGAAUCUGCCAAAUCAUGCUAUGUUUUUUAAUCAACCAGGCCCUGGAAGAGGGGCACCACCUAACAUGUCUGGCUCAAAUUUUAGUGUCCUAAUACCAGCAGGUCGGGGACAGGCUCAAGAUGAAGCUAAUGGAGGUUGGGUUCCUCCUCGAACUAAUGCACCACCUGGCAAAGCUCCUUCUAGGGGUGAGCAGAAUGAUUACUCCCAAAAUUUUGUAGAUACUGGCACGAGGCCUCAAAAUUUCAUCAGGGAACUAGAGCUUACCAGUGUUGUUGAGGACUAUCCCAAACUUCGAGAACUUAUUCAAAGGAAGGAUGAGAUUGUUGUCAAAUCUGCUUCGCCUCCCAUGUAUUACAAAUGUGAUCUGCUUGAGCAGGAGCUCUCCCCGGAGUUUUUUGGGACCAAAUUUGAUGUCAUUCUAAUAGACCCCCCAUGGGAGGAAUAUGUUCAUCGAGCUCCUGGUGUCACUGACCAUAUGGCGUACUGGACAUUUGAGGAAAUAAUGAAUCUCAAAAUUGAGGCAAUUGCUGACACUCCAUCAUUUGUUUUCCUUUGGGUUGGUGAUGGUGUGGGGCUUGAGCAAGGGCGUCAAUGUCUGAAAAAGUGGGGAUUCCGCAGGUGUGAGGACAUAUGUUGGGUGAAAACAAAUAAAACCAAUGCAACUCCAGGACUACGGCAUGAUUCCCAUACUUUAUUUCAGCGUUCAAAGGAGCACUGCCUUUUGGGUAUAAGAGGAACUGUUCGCCGUAGUACGGAUGGCCAUAUAAUUCAUGCAAAUAUUGACACAGAUGUGAUUAUUGCCGAAGAACCUCCUUAUGGUUCAAGUGCAAAGCCGGAAGAUAUGUACCGUAUAAUUGAGCAUUUUGCACUUGGCCGGAGAAGGCUUGAGCUCUUUGGCGAAGACCAUAAUAUUCGAUCUGGCUGGUUGACUGUUGGUAAAGGGUUAUCUUCAUCAAACUUCAGUGCAGAGGCCUAUGUGCGAAAUUUUGCCGAUAGGGAUGGAAAAGUCUGGCAGGGAGGGGGAGGAAGGAAUCCACCACCGGACGCCCCACAUCUUGUUACUACAACACCUGAAAUAGAGGCUCUUCGGCCCAAGUCGCCAAUGAAGAAUCAGCAGCAAAUGCAGCAACAGUCAGCAUCUAUAUCUCUGACAACAACCAACUCUUCCAACAAGCGGGCAGCCGGGAACACAGACCAGAAUAACAACUCACAAAACGUGAACCAAGAAGCCUCUAGCUCUAACGCUUCGAAUCCAGGUCCUUGGGUUUCACAAAUGGAGAGUUUUCAAGGGAGAGAGGGUGGACAUAUGAUUUCAGAUGAUAGGCUUUUUGACAUGUACGGAUACAAUGCAGCCUUUAGAUAGACUCACACUGAAUUUGUGGAGUAUGUGAUCUCAUAAAGCAAUGAAUUUAUUGUAACGAGAAAAUCACAUUAGUUGUGCCAACAUGUCUUUGUAUUCUUUUCUUUCUACGUUAUAAUUUUAUAGGCACGAAGAUGCCUUCAUUUCUGUA